AUGGCUGACAAAUACCAGGUGCAGCAUCUCAAAGACUUGUGCCAGAAGUUCUUGUUGUCCAACCUCAACUGGGACAAUUCACUUUCAACCUACACCUUCGUGCAUCAGCAUAACGCCAAGCAGAUCAUCGACCUAGCCUUGACGUUGAUCACGAGUCACGACAACAUGGACAAGCUUACUACCCGGGAGGAAUACGACGUCGUCACCUGCAAGAAGUGCCACGAGGACCUCAAGGCCAAGGUCGCUUUUCUCACGACGUCCCAGCCGGAUUCAUUCUCCGACAUCGUUCUGUUUGCCUCCGACGGCGGGUCUGCCCAGGCCGCUGUACCCAUUCCGGCCCAUAAGGCCGUUUUGGUGAGCCGUUCUCCGGUGUUCAAUGCCAUGCUUGAGAAUGAGAUGGAAGAAAGCCUGAGUGGCACCAUCAAGAUCCGCGAUGUGUCCUACGGCACCCUUCGUGCCUUUGUCGACUACCUCUACACAGCUGAGGUGGUAUGCCUUGACCAGCAAUUGGCCUGUGACCUCCUAGUAAUGGCUGAAAAAUACCAGGUGCACCAUCUCAAAGAUUUGUGCCAGAAGUUCUUGGUGGCCAACCUCAACUGGGAGAAUUCUUUUUUGACCUACACCUUCGUGCACCAGCAUAACGCCAAGAAGAUCAUCGACGCAGCCUUGACAUUGAUCAUAGUCAUAGACAACAUGGACAAGCUUACUGCCCGGGAGGAGUACGCUGAGCUGAAGGAGAAAGAUCCACAACUUGUAUUCGAAAUCUAUGAAGCUUAUCUCUCCAAGCAGGUUAAUAAAGCAGCAGCACAGAAGGGUUCUUCGGCUUCGUAUCCUCCCAAAUAUAAUUGGAGAGGAACGCACAUUGAAGAUGAUGGUGUUGUAAGUGACUAUGAAUCAGGUUCAGGAUGAUGAAUGUUUGUUGUCACGACUGCAUACGAUGUGUGCAAUUUUUCAGUUUUCGAAAUCUAUGAAGCUUCUCUCUCCAAACAGGCUGCAGCAGCGCAGAAGGGUUCUGCUUCUGCGGAGUUCAAGGUUAAAACUGCAGCAGUCGAGGUUCAUUCCUCAGUUAAUUGUGUUUAUCCACAUCCUAUAAGAUAUUAUCGGUUGCGUGAGGAAUAAAGUGCAGUUUGAUGCAUUUCAAGUGAUCUUCACAACCUUGUACGAUGAAACCAAGCCAUCUACUGCCUUCAUCAAAUCCAGUGGCCCGAAUACCCUCUGCCAUCCCCGCCACUGUUGCUGUUGCCAUAGGUUUUCAAAGAGGGAAAUGAUUAUGGGUUUUGGUUAAGCCUAUUGAAUGAAGGCCAUCAAGCCUGUGUUGU